GAAUAAAAAUAAAUAAUAAUUAAUAAAAAGAGUUAAAUAUACAGUAAUAUACAUUGUUUGUUGCCAACAACUAUAUUCCCGUCUGGCACUUCCACCUAAGUAAAUACCCAAUGUUUACCCAUAGGAAAAUAAUAAGACACGUGGCAGUGAGUAACAUUUGGCUGAUAAGACCCUCUCUUUCUUUCUUCUUCUUCCUCCUCCUCACUCUCAGCUCACGAGAGAAGAAGAAACAAAGCGUGCUUCUUCUCUCUCUCUCUUUCAUCAUUCUCUCUCGCUCUUCACCCGAAACUCCAACACUAUCAUUACCUCCUUCCUCUAUAUAAACUCAAAAAAUCUCAUGGAUCCUUGGGAUAACAACACUAUAGACCACCAGUACCGCCGCCGCGACCACCGCCAUCCUUCCUUCUCCUCCUCUCUCCUCGACCAAAUCUACCGCUCCACCGACGACUCCUCCGACGUCUCCAUGAGGAAGAAACAGAGCCGCGCCGCCUCUCUCGACGAGAAUCGCGUCUGCCUCGAGAAAAUCCUCCUUAACCGCCGCAAAACCGCCGCCGAUUUCGCCGUUAACCGCCGCAAAACCGCCGAAAUAAACAUCGUCGAGCCAGUUUUCUUCAAGCACUCAAGCUCCAGCUCCUCCGACUCGAGCGGAUUCUCCUCCUCCGAGUCAGACUCCUUCUACAAACGAACUCGCUCGUCUCGCUCUCCGCCGGUGAUUCAUCACCAUCCUAAGCCGAUUCGAACCGCCGUGGAGAGACUCGAGCGACCUAACAAUAAAGUGAAAUCGAAGGCGUUGAAGAUGUACAGCGAUUUGAAGAAAGUGAAGCAGCCGAUCUCUCCCGGCGGACGCCUCGCCACGUUCCUUAACUCUCUCUUCACAGGAAACACGAAGAAACCGAAUAAAACCGUUUCCACCGCCACGUCAUCACACACCACUUGCUCGUCAGCGUCUUCCUUCUCCAGAUCUUGUUUGAGCAAAACGACGUCGUCCAGCGAAAAAUCGAAACGGUCUGUUCGUUUCUGCCCCGUCAACGUCAUCCUCGACGAAGACUCCAAGCAACGAGAGUCCAUUCGCCACCAUCAAAGCCGAGUUAUGGAGGAGAAUCGUCGCGUGAUUGAGGCCGCCAAGGAGCUUAUCAGAACUUACCGGGAGAAUAAAGACGUCGAAGAAGAAGACGACGACGAUGACGAUGAUGCUGCGAGUUGCGCGAGCUCUGACCUGUUUGAAUUGGAUAAUCUAUCGUCCAUAGGGAUCGAAAGGUAUCGCGAAGAGCUUCCCGUCUACGAAACAACUCGUUUGACCACGAAUCGUAUUAUCUCCAGAUGAAUUAAUUGUUUUAGUUUCUAAUAUAAAUAAUUACUUACUUUGGUUUGGGGUGGAUUAAUUAAUUUUGGAUCAAUACAGUUUUAUCAUGAGUGAGGUUAAUUAUAUAUAAAUGUAAGUGUUUCCACAAAAUGAGUUUA